AUGACGCUCAAGGUGUGGGACGCGGCCACGGGCGAGUGCGUCGCGACGCUGGCCGGGCAUUCGGGCUGGGUUCGGGACGUCGCCGUCUUCCCCGACGGCCGGCGCGUCGUCUCCGGGUCGGCCGACGAGACGGUCAAGGUGUGGGACGCGGCCACGGGCGAGUGCGUCGCAACGCUCCAGCAUGGUAAUGAUCCCUGGGAUCCGGAUGGGGUCAACUGCGUCGCCGUCUUCCCCGACGGCCGGCGCGUCGUCUCCGGGGCGGACGACUGGACGGUCAUGGUUUGGGACGCGGCCACGGGCGAGUGCGUCGCGACGCUGAAUACUGGGCAUCGGGAUGAGGUCAACUGCGUCGCCGUCUCCCCCGACGGCCGGCGCGUCGUCUCCGGGUCGGCCGACGAGACGGUCAAGGUGUGCGACGCGGCCACGGGCGAGUGCGUCGCGACGCUGGCCGGGCAUUCGAAAGGGGUCUACGGCGUCGCCUUCUUCCCCGACGGCCGGCGCGUCGUCUCCGAGUCGGGCAAGACGGUCAAGGUGUGGGACGCGGUCACGGGCGAGUGCGUCGCGACGCUGGCCGGGCAUUCGAGUACGGUGUGGCGCGGCGGCGUCGCCGUCUUCCCCGACGGCCGGCGCGUCGUCUCCGGGUCGCUCGACAACACGGUCAAGGUGUGGGACGCGGCCACGGGCGAGGGCGUCGCGACGCUGCGCGGACAUUCGGAUGAGGUCAACUGCGUCGCCGUCUUCCCCGACGGCCGGCGCGUCGUCUCCGGGUCGAAGGACAAGACGGUCAAGGUGUGGGACGCGGCCACGGGCGAGUGCGUCGCGACGCUGGCCGGGCAUUCGGGGGAGGUCAACUGCCUCGCCAUCUUCCCCAACGGCCGGCGCGUCGUCUCCGGGGCGGACGACAAGACGGUCAAGGUGUGGGGCUGCUGA